UUUUAUCCAGAAAAUAACUUCCGGUAAAAGAGAAAGUUGAAAUUGACGUGACGUGCACAGAUUGACAGAUUGUCUGAUACUGAGAUAGAAUAAAUAGUCCUCUUCCAAAGGAAAAAAAUGGGGCCAUUCAAAUUAAAGAGAGAGUACUUACUAGCCUCAGUGUGUGUUAUUUUGAGGGUACCCUCUCUGUUUAUCAUGGAGGUGUGGUUCAGAACAGAUCCACAAAAAGCCGUAGAAAGUAAAGCAGUAGAUCCGGGCCAUGCACAAUUCAUUACAACAGCAGUUUACUAUUCCAUACUGGCCUUUGCUGUGGCUGUUCUUCUGAUGCCUCUUAGGAAGUUAGUCUCUCUAUACAUGUACAUAGUAAGCCUGGUCCUUCUACUGAUGGCUCAUCACCUGGCUCAGAUUUACGUCGAAAUGGAGAUAGCUGAACCAGAGACAUACAUUUUGAAUGACACUUCAGCUCUGAAGAGAUUAGGUCUGCAUCUGACAGUGCAGUGCGUGAUGGCAGCGUUCAUAGCCUACCUUAUAGACAUCACGUCCUGGCGGCGAUUUGUAUUGCUUAUAUAUACACUCCCAAUGAUAGCGAGAAUAGCAGGAAUACCACUCGCUGCAUUCGAGCACAUCCAUCACUUCUGCUCUUUAUUCACAGUGAUCUUAAUCAUGUUAUUUUUAUUCAACAACAUUGGAUUUGGGCUAGAUAUAGUCAAAGAGAAUAUCCUACGAUGGAAAGCUCUUGCAGACGCCAUCGGUUGGAUCUCCCUGCUCUUCACCGCUUGGCACACCAUUCUCCUUCCUAUCCAGUUUCUAGUGUUCUGGAUAGUCCUGUUCUGUUCUCAGCUUUAUGUGUACAUGAUGAAAACUCCGUUAAGCUUGUCACAAGAGGGGUGGCUUCUAUUUAUCUUAGCCUGUGUGGGUGAGUGCUGUGCCACCCCCAUCAGCCUGAUAGCCCUGUGUGUCACCAUAGCUUAUGCGUCCUAUUAUAUCUUGACUCUCACCAAACUCUAUCUGCAGGGAUGGAAUGCUUUUACUGCAGACCAGGACGUUAUGCGUGGAUGGACAGAGGGUUUCACUAUGAUGCUUAUAGCAGUACAGACUGGUCUCCUUGAACUUAAACCUCUACAGAGGGCAUUCCUAAUGUGUGUGUUACUGUUUAUUGUGGCCUCUUCAUUAAUCCAGUCAAUGUACGAGAUGGCAGACCCCAUUCUGCUCUCUCUUAGUGCCUCCCACAAUAAGAAUAUCUUUAAACAUGUGCGUGCAAUACUUUUGUUUACAUUCCUUUGGCUUUUCCCACUAUACAUGACUUACUCAAUUUGUCAGUAUUUUGACUUGGACUUCUGGCUUCUGGUCAUCAUGUCCAGCUGCCUUUUAACCUCAGUCCAAGUUGUGGGGUCAUUAGUGAUUUAUACAUUGUUUAUGUAUGAUGGAAUGAGGACGGACCCAUGGGAAUCGCUCGAUGAUAUAGUGUAUUAUACGCGAUCCUUUGUGAGGAUUCUGGAAUUCAUUGUGGCAGUAUUUGUCGUGUGUUAUGGAAUGAAGGAAUCAAUUUUCGGUGAGUGGAGCUGGAUCAAUUCCUCCAUUUUGAUAAUCCAUUGUUAUUUUAAUGUGUGGCAGAGACUUCAGAGUGGGUGGAGGACAUUUUUGUUGAGGAGAGAGGCAGUGAAGAAGCUGGCGCUGUUACCAACAGCAACCGAGGAUCAGAUUCACAACUACAAUGAUGUCUGUCCCAUCUGUUACCAGCCGCUUCUCACUGCUAAAAUAACACCAUGCGGACACUUCUUUCAUGCGACUUGCCUUAAAAAAUGGCUCUAUGUUAAAGAUACUUGCCCAAUGUGUCACAAAAAGUUGCAUGAAACUUCGGAGGAGUCCCAGAAUUCCACUGAGGACAGACCUGCACAGAAUGAGGACAUUGUUGAAGAAGAUGAGGACCAUGGUGAUGCAGAUUCAGAACCUUCUAAUCAUAGCGAGGAGCAGGAGUUCUCAGAAGAGGACUUGGAUUGAUGAAAUGUUAAGUCUUUCAUCUGUAAAUGUUACAUGUUGACUAAACAAAAGCGAUACCUACUGGCUUUACCUUAGCAUGUUAAAGUGAAGUAAUUUGAUACAAAUGUCUUAUAAACUAAAAUACAUAUUGUUUUAUCAAACAUAUGAUUUAAUUUGCUUUUAAAAGCAAAUAGAGUAUUUUUCUGUUUCAUGUUGUUGUAGAACAUUAAAUAUAAAUCUACCAAUCAACCAGAUUGA